CAUGAUUGACGCUUGUACGAUAAAAGAGCUCUUAUACCCCAGGGGUCGCUCUGGUCGUUCACAGCGUAUUUGCAGAUCAGACAGCAUGGAAAGCGCUGAAUUGGAGCAGGAUCACGUAAAGAGACCCAUGAACGCAUUUAUGGUUUGGUCAAGAGGGCAACGUCGCAAGAUGGCGCAGGAAAAUCCAAAGAUGCACAAUUCGGAGAUAUCGAAAUGUUUGGGUGCCGAGUGGAAAUUAUUAAAUGAAGAGCAGAAGAGGCCUUUCAUCGACGAAGCGAAGCGGCUACGCGCCUUACAUAUGAAAGAACAUCCCGAUUACAAGUAUCGCCCUCGUAGGAAGCCCAAGUCUUAUAUUAAGAAGCAAGAAAUUUCCUAUCCUUAUCCGAUCCCCAUUAACCAACUUCCACCUCCACCUUUACUCAUGGCUCCGGUUAACUUUUCUGCUUCGGAACUGUUGGCAGAUAAAGCAAGAUCGAUGCUACAUGAAAAAGAGUUUGUUCAACAAUUUUCCUUAGCAUCUUAUAUGCCACCGCCGCCUCCGUCUUCCCAUUACUUAUAUCCGUUCUACAACCAGCCCCUUCCCCUAGUCAAAACUCCAUCCGAGAGGAAGCCACCGCCACUUUUACUGAGUCCACCUCCGGCUCAUUCACCACCACUGGAACGGAAGACGAUGAUGUAACGAUUAAAGCAAACAAAACAACUUUAAUUUUUUUUUAGUGCCAUGGGUGUUCGGUUGUAAACAUUUUUAUAAGAUAUAAUAAUCAAUACAUGUGACUAAUGGGGGAUAUACUUUUUUUUAGCAGACGGUAACAAUUUUUCAUUUUUUUGGUUUUUUAUUUUUUUAUAUUUUGUUGUUUUUGUGUUCUUUUUGUCUUGAAUAAUUGGGAGUUAGAGAAUGAGGGAAUGAAUGAGAUUUUCUUCUAAAUGGUUGUAUUGUUUUCCCUUUAUGCAUAUAUAUUUUUCAAUAUGAAUUUGUAUAUGUUUAUAUACAUAUACAAUAUAUAU